UUCGCUUACCCCAAUCUCAUCUCUCUCUCUCUCUCUCUCUCUCCCUCACUCUCCUCGCGCAGCCGCCCCGCGACCCUCCCUCCCGGCACGGCGGCCCUUGUCGGCGGACGGCGACUCCGGCGAAUCGACGGCCUCGACCGACUGCUGAAAGAAGAGCGGGAACAUGUCGACUUUUGUGAAACCAGAGAAUGCAUUGAAACGAGCUGAAGAGCUGAUCAAUGUUGGGCAGAAGCAAGAUGCUCUGCAAGCACUUCACGAUCUUAUUACCUCGAAGAGAUCCAGAGCAUGGCAAAAGACCCUUGAGAGGAUUAUGUUCAAGUACAUUGAGCUAUGUGUUGAUAUGCGGAGGGGGAGGUUUGCCAAGGAUGGCCUGAUUCAGUAUCGCAUUGUAUGUCAACAAGUGAAUGUCACCUCUUUGGAGGAGGUGAUCAAGCAUUUCAUGCAUCUCUCAACAGAGAAAGCAGAGCAGGCGCGAAGCCAGGCGCAAGCCUUGGAAGAAGCUUUGGAUGUUGAUGAUCUUGAGGCGGAUAAGAGACCAGAGGAUUUAAUGUUGAGUUAUGUCAGUGGAGAGAAGGGAAAGGAUAGGUCUGACAGGGAGCUAGUUACUCCUUGGUUCAAGUUUCUAUGGGAAACAUAUAGGACGGUGCUUGAAAUAUUGCGAAACAACUCAAAGUUGGAGGCUCUUUAUGCGAUGACUGCCCACCGAGCAUUCCAAUUUUGCAAGCAGUAUAAACGUACAACGGAGUUUCGGAGAUUGUGCGAGAUAAUCCGAAAUCAUCUUGCAAAUCUCAACAAGUACAGAGAUCAAAGGGACCGACCUGAUCUGUCAGCUCCAGAGAGUCAGCAACUUUACUUAGAUACCAGAUUUGAGCAAUUAAAGAUUGCCACUGAACUUGAACUGUGGCAGGAAGCUUUCCGCUCAGUUGAGGAUAUUCAUGGAUUGAUGUGCAUGGUUAAGAAAACGCCCAAAGCAUCCUUGAUGGUGGUUUACUAUGCAAAAUUAACCGAAAUCUUCUGGAUUUCAUCUAGCCAUCUCUAUCAUGCUUACGCGUGGUUGAAGCUUUUUAAUCUUCAGAAAAGUUUUAACAAAAACUUAAGUCAGAAGGACUUGCAACUGAUUGCAUCAUCAGUUGUCUUGGCUGCACUUUCUGUUGCCCCAUAUGAGCGCACUCGUCAUGCAUCACAUAUGGAGCUUGAAAACGAGAAGGAACGCAAUUUGAGGAUGGCUGAUCUUAUAGGAUUCAAUGUUGAUCCUAAACUUGAGGGUAGAGAGAUGCUUUCACGGUCAUCUCUCGUGUCUGAACUGGUUGCGAAGGGUGUGCUUAACUUUGCUACUCCUGAAGUGAAAGAUCUUUACCAUCUUUUGGAGCAUGAGUUUCUUCCGCUGGAUCUUGCAAUGAAGGUGCAGCCCUUGUUAGUUAAAAUUUCCAAACUCGGGGGUAAGCUUGCUUCAGCAUCUUCUGUGCCAGAAGUGCAGUUGGCCCAAUAUGUUUCUUCCCUGGAGAGAAUUGCCACCCUGAGGUUGCUUAAGCAGAUGUCCCAGGUGUAUCAAACAAUGAAAAUUGAGAAGCUAUCACAGAUGAUUCCUUUUUUUGAUUUCUUGGUUGUGGAGAAGAUUUCAGUGGACGCUGUCAAGCAUAGCUUUAUUUCUUUGAAAGUUGAUCAUGCCAAAGGUGUUGUUUUGUUUGGCAAUCAGGGUCUUGAAUCAGAUGCCUUGCAAAAUCACCUGGCACUGCUUGCUGAGAACUUGAAUAAAGCAAUGGCCAUGAUAUAUGCUCCUGUCAAGAAAGGGUCAAAGUUAGGCGAAAUGUUGCCAGGUUUAGCAGAGACUAUAGACAAGGAACACAAGAGACUUCUUGCUCGGAAAUCAAUUAUUGAGAAACGUAAAGAAGAACACGAGCGGCAGUUGCUGGAAAUGGAACGUGAGGAGGAGUCAAGGAGGCUAAAGCUGCAGAAGAUAACUGAGGAGGCAGAGCAGAAGAGGCUCGCAUCUGAGUACGAGCAAAGAAAGAACCAAAGGAUCCUCAAGGAAAUAGAAGAAAGGGAACUUGAAGAAGCGCAGGCCUUGCUUCAGGAAGCUGAAAAACGCAGUAAAAAGAAGGGAAAGAAGCCAAUUUUAGAAGGAGAAAAGGUGACGAAAGAAACGUUAAUGGAGCUUGCUAGGAGUGAGCAACUUAGGGAGAGGCAGGAAAUGGAGAAGAAAUUGCAAAAACUAGCGAAGACAAUGGAUUACUUAGAAAGAGCAAAGAGAGAGGAGGCGGCUCCAUUGAUUGAAGCUGCAUUCCAGCAGCGAUUGGUUGAAGAGAGGGUGCUCCAUGAACACGAGCAGCAGCAAGAAAUUGAGCUAAGCAGGCAGCGGCAUGAUGGGGACCUCAGAGAGAAGAAUAGGCUUGCCCGUAUGUUGGAGAACAAGGUGAUAUUCCAAGAAAGAGUCAUGAGCCGCCGUCAGGCAGAAUAUGACCGGCUAAGGGCUCAGAGUGAGGAGCAAGUUAGGCAGGAACUCCAGGCCAGGAAACAGCAGAGAGAAGCAAAGAGGAAGAAGCUAUUCUUUUUGAGUGAAGAGGAGAAACGGCGUCAAAGGUUACUUGAAGAGGAGGAAGCUCGAAGGCGUGAAGAGGCCGAGAGGCGCUGCAAAGAGGAAGCUGAAAGGAAAGCUAAAUUGGAUGAGAUUGCUGAGAAACAGAGGCAAAGAGAGAGGGAACUGGAAGAGAAAGAAAAGCAAUGGAAAGAAACUAUCUUGGGUCCCUCCAGACCGGUGGAGCCUUUCCCUGCUUCUAAUCCUGUUGAGCCUGUUGCGGCCGCUGCCGCUGCUGCUGCCCCUGCUGCUGCCACCGCUCCAGCAAACCCUGGAAGGUAUGUGCCCAAGUUCCUCAGAGAGAGGACUGAAGGCCCAGGAGCCGCACCUCCACCAGAAGCCGACCGCUGGGGUGGUAGAGGCAGACAGGACGACCGCUUCUCCCAGCCUAGUGACAGAUGGCGCAAUGAUGAGCGUAGGCCCUCUGCCUUUGGCAGUGGUGGCAGCGGCGGUGGCGGCUCAAGGUCCACCUGGUCGUCAUCCAGGCCAUCGCGCGGUUGAGAACGCUGAAAGGGGUAAUUGCUGUUCAAUCAAGUGCUCUUGGACCGUUCAUCUUUUCAGGAGUGCAGCUUUGAACCCGCAUGUGGCUGGCUAGGAAAUGGUUUUGCCAUAAUUUUGAUGAAUGAUUGUUAAGUUAUUGUUUCACCUGUUUACUAUAUGAGUAAAAAAUAAUUGUCUUCUAUUUAGAACGCGGCCUGUUGCUCGUACAUUCACCCGCUAGGGCAUUGGUACCAAAUGAAUUUAUCUUGUGGAUAUUGAUGUGUGAGUUUUGUGUUAAAAGACUUUCUGGCCGAAUGUUCAAGAUCUAGUCUGGUCC